ACUACUUGUGUAAGUACUCAAGGGCCAUGGCUGACGCCGACGCUGCAAGACCACGACCUGGAAGGGUGCCAGUGGCGCCCAAGUCUUCGCCCGCUGCACCAGGCCUUGCGUCUUACUUUUCCACACUAGACCCUCUAGCUGAGCCAGGGUACGAUAAAUUGCAGCAGCUUUCAGCGCUUGAACAAAACGGAGUGUUGCGUGAUGAUGCCUUUCGCGCUGCGUCCGUUGUCGCGCACAUUUGGAGCUCGCAGGCUCUCGCUGGGCUGGCUCGGCAAGGCCGACGCUCCGCAGUGGCCAGGCGUAUUUUUGUUAGCACGGGCAAGUGGUUUGAUAACACGACUAAAAGCAUCUCAUCAACCACGAUCCGGACUGGCCGCGCGCUGCUCCGGGCGGACGUGCUGAGCUCCUACGCCCGCUACCUGGCGAGGGUUGGACAGCCGGGCACGGCUGAGGCUGCUGGCGCCAGCGGCGCCCCCCUGACUCUCGAGCAACAGCUACGGCGUGAUGAGGAGGACGCCGAGGUGGUGGCCGUCAUCACCCAAGUGCUGGAAUCGCUGGCCGCACUCGCCCGCGACGAGCCCUCCUCGCAGCACCCGCAGCGGGUGCAGAAGCCGGCGGCUGCAGGGGCCAGCAAGGCGGCUGGCAACACGCAGCCCCCCGCCCCGCCUCCCCCGCCCUCCCUGGGCUCCGAGCUGCGCUCCGGCCUGAGCCGCAGUCAGGUGCUGGAGCACACCGCGGCGGCACUGCUGCGGCUGGCGGCGGCGGCGCCCGCGGAGGCGCCGCCCCCGGCCACCGCGCCGCCGCAGCAGAUGUGGGUCCACGUGACACAGGCGACGUGUUACCUAUGCUGGAGCCUAAAACGGCUGCUGUCUAAGAAGGGGUGGGACGUGUCCCUGGCAAACUGGCACGCGCUGGUGCCGUCGGGAGCACGCACGCCGCCGGCAGCCGCCUCCAGCAGCGCAGCACCUGACGCGGACGCAGCGGAGAAGGCCGCACAAGCCGCCGCCGUCAAGGAGCGGGCGGCUCAGGUGCGGCCGCUGCUGUCCGGCCCGUGCCUGCAGUUCUUCCUGUGCUGGGCCCUGGGCUGCACCCGUCUGACGGUGGAGCAUGUGGCCGGGCUGGGCGGAGAACCCCAGGAGGUGGUGGGAGCGGGUGCAGACGCUGCUGCGGAGCUGGCGUUGCAGCCGCGGCUGCUGAUGCGGCCGCUGCAGCCCUCGCUCCGCCCGGUGACCGAGGACCAGCUGGAGGCUUCGUGCCUGGUGCUGGCGGUGGCGUCACUGGCGUUUCAGGUCACAGUUGGUGGCGGCGGUGGCGGCGGCGGUGGCGGCGGCGGUGGCGAUGGCGAUGUGGCCGGCGCAGCGACUGGAGGGCCUCGUCCGCAGCCGCAGCAGCAGCAGCAGCCGCAGCAGCGGGCGUGCACCACACCCUACCCGCCUGCUUGCGUCUACGAUGCGGUGCGGAGUGUGUUGCCCAGCUUCUGCGCCCCCCAGCUCGACGACGAGGACGUUGACAGCGGCCCGGAGCGGACCGACGGCACCCUGCUGCUGGUGCGGCUGAUCGGAGAGCUGCCGAGCCGGGCGGCGGCGGCGCGGCUGCCGGGGCUGUGGCGGCUGCUGCUGCUGGAGAUAGAUUGCGGCCUUCUGAGCGAGAUGCAGGACUCCCUGCCCAAAGCCGCGCGGCUGCUACUGCCGAACGAGCUGAAUGCGAGGGCAACGGCGGCGGCAGCCAGCGGGGCGGUGCUGCUACAGCCGCCGCCGGGCCUCAGCUACAGCCUGCGCUGCGCGCUGGACGCGGGGCUGCUGCCGACACUGGAGCGAAUGCUGCGUGUCCCGGAUGCGUGGUCCGGCCCUUGUGGCGACAAGGGUGGCACCUCAGGUGAUGACGCACAGGCUGAGGACGACUGCGACGGCAGUAGCACUGGCAUUGGCGGCAGCAGCAGUAGCACCGCCACACAAAUGAUGCUACUGCUAAUGGUCGUGCUGGGCGCCACGGGCGUGUGGCCGGCGCUGCUGGCACACGGCCCCGUGCACCAGCUGGUCAGCCUCAUUGCCAGCCUGGGCGCCGUGUGCACGAAUGAGUUGUUGCUGGAGCGCCACAGCGCGUUGAGAAACCGAAUGGUGGUCGGUUUCGCGCUCACGUCGCUUCUGCAACAAGCGGUUGACAUGCUGGACUGGGGCGUUGGUGGCGGGGCUGUGGGGGGUCGGGCCUACACUGCUGCCGCACCGGCACAGGCGCCGGAGGCGGAGGGACCGCAGCAGGCACAGCAGCAGCUGUCAAAGAGCCAGAAGAAAAGGCUUAAGAAGAAGGCAGGCGGCGGCGGCAGCGGCGGUGGUGACGCCAGCAGCAGCAGUGGUGUCAGCGCCAGCAGCAGCAGUGGUGUCAGUGCCAGUGCCAGCGCCAGUGCCACUUCGGGCACCGGCACUGGCAUCGGCACCGGCACCGGAGCCAUGGACAUGUGGUUUGCCUUCUCCGGCGGCGAGCCCGACACCGGACCCGUGACAUUCCCUGUCAUGGCGGCGUACGGCGGCGCGCCGCGCGCCGGCUCGGCGGCGGCGGCGCAGCAGGCGCUGCUGGUGUCCUUCGCACUGCAGCAGUGGCUGCCGGCGCUGAUGAUGCUCGCUGCGUACUACUGUCGUAUCUUCUGCCGGCCGCCCCAGGCUCAGGAGCAGGCCGGGGCCGCCGCCAAGAGGGGAAGCGGGGGCAGCGACGACGACGAGGAGGACGGCACCAUCCCCCAGACCCUGCGGCUGUGCGCCGCUGUGUUGCGGCUGCUGACGCGUGUGGCCAUGCGGGCCGCGGCGCUGGCGCAGGCCGUACGGGGCGCAGGGGGCGCCGGCCCGUCCUCCGGCUCCGCAGCCCCGCUGUCGGCGCAACAGCAACAGCAGCUGCGGGAGUGGGGGCAGGAGCUGGCCGGCUGGGAGUCUGGCGUGUUGGAAUUGUGCGGCUGCAGCCUGACCCAGAUGGUGAACAGCCUGACGUCGCCGGCGCUGGUCAACACGGCUGCGGGCCGGGAGCUGGAGGGGGCGCUGCUGGAUGCCAUGCAGGCUUACGCGCUGUUCCACCCCCAGUACAUGCAAGACAUCCUGAGCGGCUGCAUCUUUGUGGUGGACAGCGAAGACUUGAAGGAGGCGGCGAAGCCGGGGAAGGGCGCACGCGGGCGCGGGGCGCCGCAGGCGCUCAAGCGCAAGCCCACGAUGGCGCUUGUGCCGGCCACCAUGGCCAAGGCGGCGGAGCGCCAGGGCCGGCGGCCGCUGUCUGCCUUCUUGGACAGCACGGGGGCAGCCUGCAGCCAGUUGUGGAUCCUAAACGCGCUGGAUAAGGCGGUAGCCGGUGCUGCUGGACCAUCGCAGCAGCAGCAGCAGCAGCAGCGAGACCCGGCCAUAGAUCGCAAGAUUGAGGCGCUGAGCAAUGCGGCCAGGGCGCUGGUGGAGCAGGAGGCGGCGGCGCUGUGGCGGGCGCUGUGUGCGGAGGGUGGGGCGGACUGGCGGCGGCGGUGGGAGGCAGCGGGGAGAAGGGGCAGUGGGGACGCCGGGCUGCUGCUGUCGCCAGAGGAGGUGCGGGCGCGGCUGCGGGAGGCGGGCGUGGUGAUGGGCAGUGCCGCGGUCGAGGAUGCGGGUCCUGCUGGUGUCAGCGGCAGUGGCAGUGGCGGCAGCGCAGCCGCGGCGCCGGGCGGUCUGCUGUGCGGCAGUCCCAUCUGCACCCGCCUGCGCGGCCCCAGCGCGCUCGUCCCGCCGGGAGCCGGCGUGGGCUGCCCGCACUGCCGCCAGGUCACCUACUGCUGCGCCCAGUGCCGGCAGCAGCACUGGGGCACGGGGCGCCACGGCGAGUUUUGUGUGGGCGUGAAGGCGGCGGCGGGGGAAGACACGCCGGCGGCGCGGCAGUGGACGCACAUUGUCUUGCCGGCUCUGUGAGGGAAAGAAUGGGGUGGACUGGCAUGGGGCCACCACCUGGUGGCCGUCCACUGAUGCAGCGGACACAGUGCUGAUGCAUGGAAGGCUGGGGAUGGUCGUGCCCAUCUGACUGUCCCUUUCGGUACCGGAAAUUGCCGAAUGCAUUUGGAAGUUGUUGCGUGGGGCGUGUCGGUCGGUUGGUCGGUCGGUUGUACCGUACCCUACCGAUGGUUGUACCGGGAGUAAGUAGUAACGGCUUCACUUUAAGGGGCGUGGCACUGGCGCUGUGUGCCACCCAGUUCCGCAACGAGCAACCAUGCGCGUGUACUAGGAUAUGAAGCAAGCGCCACAAGGAUUGUUACGGCACCAUGCUUGGGCAGGCGGGCGUGUGUGAUGGACCUGGAACAGCUGGUGAGUGAUGACGGGCAGGGGACAGGUAGGGCCCAGUAUGGGGCUGGAGUUCAGGGGUGCGAAAGUUGCUGCUGACUUAUUUCGGCCGCAGGAGGGGGACCUCGGCGGGCAGGUGGCAGACGGUUGCUGAGGGUGUGGCAGGUACGGCUGACCGCGACUGGGGUUGACCAGAUUAUGCAUGGAGAACGUAUUAGAAAGCACAAGGGGAUUAAUGGAUGUGUGCGUGCGUGCGUGUGGCGCAACUGCGCAUAUGGCGCCGCUGCGUCACGUUGUCGCCGCCUGGUGCAGUGCCCCCGCAGGAUUGGGUGCAGGGCAGACGUGUUUCGGGGUUUGUGCACACGCAGACUCGCGGGUGCAUGACGACGUAUGUUGCAGGCUUGCUUGGGACGGCACUAGGCUUGCCGGUGCGGGCAGACGGGCAGUUGCACGCGUGCCGGCCAUGCUGCAUGGCUACAUAGGCCAUGCAAGGUAUGACCCAUGGCAAUUUUGGGUCUUCUGUUGCAAGUGAAUCUCUUACAUGUGGAGGCUGGAAAGCCCCCGCCCCGCACAGCAUCUAGCAACUUGCAGGGCCUUUGUACCAUACCCUUGGCAUGGCAGACGGUUCCCAGUGGAAUCCACUGGAAACAUCAAAGAGUGCGGGAGUCGAAGCAGUGGACCGGUAUGGCCUAUGGCAGCGGGUAUUUGGCGUGGGGCGGGAGCCGAGCGGGCGGCAGAGACGGGCUCGACAGACUGGGA